AGAGAGAUACAGAGAGAAAGAGAGACGGAGACAGAGAGUUUCCUCAGUGAGCGUCCUGCUCUCUCCAAGUGAGCGGUGUUGUGUAGAGCUGGAGGUCUGGGAGGUGAUGCUGAAGUAGAUGGAAGAUUUAUCCUUUACGGUUUUCUCUCGGGGAGUCCGGACCACCUGUCACUUCUCUCCGCUCUGAGGACGAACUAACACAAAGAAAGGAGAAAAGGGGCAGAGCGGCGCGUAAUUCCUCUGUGCGUCUCGGCGGCCCCGCCAUGCCUCUCCUCCUCCUCCUCCUCCUCUUCCUCCUCCUCUGACCGCCUCCUGCCUCUUCCUCCUCGGAUGAACUUUCUCGCUGCCUGCGGGGACGCGGUUGCUCGAAUCGAGACCAUGAAGACGACGCGGAAGUGUCGCGCGCUGCUGUCGGUGGGUCUGAACCUGGUGGCCCUGUUCUUCUCCACCACCGCCUUCAUCACCACGUAUUGGUGCGAGGGCACCCAGCGCGUCCCCAAGCCCAACUGCAGCAAGCAGCGGCGCCACAACUGCAUCGACUACGGCGUGAACGAGACGGACCAGAACAAGGUGCACUACAGCUGGGAGACCGGGGACGACCGCUUCCUCUUCCGCCGCUUCCACACCGGCAUCUGGUACUCCUGCGAGGAGAACAUCCACGAGGCAGGUGAGAAGUGUCGGAGCUUCAUUGAUCUGGCCCCGGCGUCGGAGAGGGGUGUGCUGUGGUUGUCGGUGGUGUCGGAGGUGCUCUACAUCCUGCUGCUGGUGGUCGGCUUCAGCCUGAUGUGUCUCGAGCUGUUCCACUCCAGCAACGUCAUCGACGGACUCAAACUCAACGCCUUUGCCGCCGUCUUCACCGUACUGUCCGGUCUUCUCGGUAUGGUGGCCCACAUGAUGUACACUCAGGUGUUCCAGAUCACAGUUAGUCUGGGUCCUGAAGACUGGAGGCCUCACAGCUGGGACUACGGCUGGUCCUUCUGCAUGGCCUGGGGUUCCUUCACUUGCUGCAUGGCUGCCUCCGUCACCACCCUCAACUCCUACACCAAGACAGUGAUCGAGUUCAGACACAAACGCAAGCUGUUCGAGCAGGGCCUGCGCGAGGAGCAGAACUACCUGGACCAGGAAGCGUUCCACUACUUCCGGGACCACUCCCUCCAGUCCAUCUCCAGCACUGUGGAGGUCUAUCCCGGCCACGGCGGAACCAGAACCACCGGGCUCAUCGUUGGGGGACCGAGUCCCGGUCCAGGACCGGGUCGUGGUCCAGGUCCUGGUCCCGGAAGGGGCAAGAUGAAAGCCCCGUCAGCAACGAUAGACCUGGGGGAGAACACAGACUCGCUGGGAGAGGAGCAGUGCUGAGCGAUCUACGGGAACGUGAGGGUUGUGUGGGAUGACGGGGAAAACUGCUCCUUUGGGUCUAAACUAGGCCAAGGGUUCUGCCAUCGAAUGAGAAAGCACAGCAGUCCUUAUUUUCAGUUUGAACAAGAUUAUUAACUCUUCAAGAAGAGACAAAGUCAGUGGAAUAAAUAAAAUUAGACGGAUGUGUUCUUUAUAUAUUAAUGGAAAGUCAAUAUAAAGUGUGAUAAACGGACCGAGAUCUUUGACUUUGAGAAUUAAGAUUCUUCAAGGACCGAAAGCAGGUGUUCUCUAGUUAAUUUCGAGGUGCUAUGUGUAGUAUUUCAACAUUGGUUUUGUCAAUUUUGAUAAAUUAAAGUGGGCCAAUGUAACAGUGCCAAGAACAAUGGUGAAUGCUGAAGAGUAACAGUAGCACUACUACUACUACUAAUAAUAAUAAUAAUAAUAAGUCACACAGGAAUACCUACCUUAGGUUGGCUAACAUUACCUACUACAAGCUACUGGUCAUACCAGACCAAGUAAGACUGAAUGUAGCAGAAAAACACCUAGAAGAACUGAACUAAGUUAGGGUGUGUUUUAUUGCCUAUUAAUUAAAUGCUUUAUUUGUAAAGCAAGGAAUAUGUUUUUUCACUGAUAUAUUUUGGACAGCGUAGAUUACAACUAUAGCCCGUUUUACACAUGCACUGCAAUCCCGAAGAUAUCCACUCAUUACCCAGAGGAGCUGCACGUGAAAACGCAAAUGUUUGAAUCAGUUGGGCCGGACAUUAAACAGACUUUACCCUGCCAGCAGCCUAGCAUAAGGUGACCAGAUUUCUCAGACAAAAUCCGGGGACAUUUUCAGCUCUGAAGCAUAUUUACCUCCAAAAGAAGUAAUGUUUUUAUUUUUGUAAAACUUAAAACGGGGACACUAGACCUAGAGCUGUUCUUAUUAGGGGCUGAGCCCCCCCCCAAGGUAUGAUCCUAGACCCACCCCUGCUGCUACUUCCUACUCCACUCCACUACACCUCAAGAUAGA